AUGGCAGAUAUCGAAAUGGUAGAAGCAAGAUCAAACACGGCUGACGGUAGCGAUUCCUCCGAAUACGUGGAGUUUUGGAUCGAUUUAUUUCUGGGACGUAAGGGCCAUGAAUACUUCUGCGACGUAGACACGGACUACAUUGUGGACCGGUUUAAUCUGAUAAACUUGCAGAAGACGGUGAACAAGUUCACGCAGGUGAUCCAGUACAUCGUGGACGAGCUGGACGACACGAUUUUGGAACAGUUGUCGAGUGGACGAAUGCAGCAGUUGGAACACGAUGCUUGCAAAUUGUACGGACUGAUCCACGCACGCUACGUGAUUACGAUCAAGGGUCUGCAGAAGAUGUUGCAGAAAUACAAAGAAGCGGAUUUUGGACGGUGUCCCCGGGUCUACUGCAAUUUCCAGCCGCUGCUGCCGGUCGGGCUGCACGAUGCUCCGGGCGUGGAUUGCGUGAAAUUGUACUGUCCGUGCUGUGAGGAUCUGUAUGUGCCGAAAUCCACGCGUCACAGUGCCAUCGACGGAGCGUAUUUUGGUACAAGCUUCGCAGGCAUGUUCCUACAAGCGUUCCCAGAGAUGGUGCCCAAGCACCCCGUACAACGGUACGUGCCCAAGAUUUUUGGCUUUGAUUUGCACAAACAGGCGCAGACCGCAAGGUGGCAAGAGCUGCAGCGUCUCAAGCUCGAGAAUCGGUUGAAAUCCAAGGGAGUAGACGGUAAUUACAAAUAG